AUGCCCCGUCACGACGGCCGUGAUGAUGAGGGGUUCCGCGACAGCUACUACGACGUGGACGGCGGCCGACCCAGCGGCUACCACCUCCAACCUCCAGCGCCGAGCCAGCAGCGGCGCCCCCGGUCCGUCCCGCCGCCCUCGGCCGCCGUGGUCGAGCGCAGCUACAUGAUGACGCCCGCCACGCGCUCCAACAGCCGGACGCGGAGCCGGGGCCGCGACCGUAGUCGCAGCCGUAGUCGCAGCCGCAGCCACAGCCGUUGUAGGGGCGCCGCCCGGGACUCGCACUCGCGCGGCCGCGACGGGCCCGUCGAGAAGGCGGAGCGGGCUGUCAAGAACAGUUUCACUUCGUCAAACUCGGGCCUCGGCAUCGGCAUCCUGGGCGCCAUCGUCGGCGGGCUGGCGGCCAGGCACGCCAGCGACUCGGCGCCCAAGCACCGCCACUCCUCCAGCGGCGGCCACCACCACCACGGCAGCAGUAGCGGCAGCAGUGAGAGGGAGCGCGACCAGCGGAUGCUCAUGUCGACGCUCGUCGGCGCGGCCGUCGGCGGCCUCGGCGCAAACGCGCUCGAGCGCCGCCUCGAGAUCAACCGCGAGCGGGAGGACGAGGCCAGGGGCAGGGCUGGCGGCGGCGGGCAUCAUCACCACCACCACCACCAUCACCGGCACCACGACGACGAGGCGCAUCAUCAUCACCACAGCCACCACCGGCGUCAUCACCACUCCCGCCACGACGACAUCGACCACGUGUAUGACGACGAGCGUCCCGUGCGGAGGCGCCGGAGCCUGGACGAUCCGGAGAGGAGGCAGUACCGCCCGUUGGAUUACCGCCCCUAG